AUGCCCAAACCCAAACUGCUCAUUACCGGCAUCAACGGUCUCAUCGGAAGGGUCAUCCAGGACCCCUUGGGGAAAUCCUUCGAGGUCUACGGGCUGGAUCUCACGCCGCCCGUUUCCGAUCGGGUCUUCCAGGCCGAUAUCGCCGAUCCCCGGCAGGUGUCGCAGGUCCUCGACAAUCUGGCUCCCGUCCAAUGCGUUGUCCAUCUGGCGGCCCAGAUCAGCGUCGAUACCGCCUGGGAGCCCGUGCUUCGGGUCAACAUCCAGGGAACCCGCAACCUCUAUGAGGCCGCCCGGGUAUCGGGGGUGAAACGGGUGGUCUUCGCCAGCUCGAACCACGUGACCGGCGCCUACGAGGGCUUCGCGCCCCACCUGCAUCUCCACAGGCAGGCGGAGCCGGUUCCCAUCUCGUGA